AUGUCUUCUGUUGAUCAUCUUAGUAGAACUUUAUCUGACCAUUGUCCCUUAUUGCUUAAUAUCAAUGCUAAUAUUAAAGUGGGCAAGGCUACUUUUAGAUUCCAAAAUAUGUGGAUUUCUCAUGCUGAUUUUAAGAAUGUUAUUAGUACCAACUGGAAUGCUCUCAUUUACCCUAAUAAUGACAUUAAAGGUAUGUUUCGUCUUUGGUCUAAACUUAGUAGAUUAAAACAUGUUUUAAAUUGGUGGAAUAAAAAUGUCUUUAAGAAUGUCUUCACCAACAUCAAGGAAGCUGAACUGAAAGUUCUUGACCUUGAAAAUUCCUAUAUGGUUGAUCCUUCUAAUGAGAAUUUGAUUAUGCUUAACUGUGCUAAGGAUUCUCUUAUUCUGCUUCAGGAUCAGGAGGAAAUUUUUUGGAAACAAAAAGCUAAUUUCAAAUUUACUUUGGAAGGAGAUAGGAAUACUAAAUUUUUCCACGCCAUGGCUAAUCGUAAUAAGACUAAGAAUUAUAUUCAUAAAAUUGUUGAAUGUGAUGGCUCUAUCAUUGAUUCCGAGGAACUUAUUUGA